ACAUAGAACUGGGCCACCCGAAUCAUCGAACAUCUCUGACAGGUCAAGUCGCCGAUGGCAGGUCCAACGAACGCGCCUCAACCCACGAACAUCUACUGCAGCAUCUACGAAAUCUACGGUGGCACACGUCGCCUGUUUACUAUCCUUGGAGAGGGUCAGCAAGCAGCAUGGCACGGAAACCUUGCGGGAAGAUGGAAGAGGAGUUCACUCCACCUGACUGAAGGGAUCGUACAAGCUGGCGGAUGGUGGGGUAACAGCACCGCGAACGGCACUGCCAGUCGGGCACGUCUGCCCCUUCGGUUCCCUAGCGAGGAGGGUGGGAUCCAUGAUGCCCACAGGAGCAGCCAGAUUCGAUACAAAACAGGGAUGGAGAAGGACGAGGUCGACGCCUUUUACGAAGACACGUUCUGGAUGCUGAGGGAAACCGUCUCGCCCGCUCAUGGCUGUUUGGGCGAGCUCGGAACCACCUCGGAAACUACUCGGCGGAGGACAAACAAGGCCAGGCGGGUCAUCCGGGGGAGCAUGGAUGACAGAGACCGAGUUUUGUGCUGGCUGGAGAUACUCAGGAGGGACACUUUGUUCGAGGACGUGGCCCUCGCAUAUGGACGGUGUGCUGGGACGUAUCACAACGAGUUCAAGGACAUGACGGCGGCCGCGCAGAACAUGCCUUGUCUGCAAGUGGAGAUCCAGUGGCCUGAACCAGCGGAACAGGCAGCUCAUUGCACUUUCCUUCAACCUGGGGUCACCCGGAUUUCCCUCGUGCAACUUACAUCGCCGACGGCACCAUGGUGAACAUGCGGAACCCUGCCAAGGUCGGCAAGGGACAACCAGAGCCUCACGCCCCGGUGCAUUAGGCGAACUACUCCGGUAACAAGGGCCUUGGAACUAGACAUAUCGUCUACUGCAACGUCAGGGGCAAACCGAUACGGGUGCGCCGUAUAUUUUGAUCGGAGUCCCAAAUGCUAAGUCGUCUUGAGGAGCUCACUCGAGUUGCGACCCUCGCUCCACCAGGACCACUUCGUUGUCAAUCGCUCAAAAAUAUCUACUGUAGUAGACGUGCUUCAAUCAGUGCUGUGUGAUGUGUGACCGUAACAUAUUUCCAGUGCGCUUGGAAAUGCAAGUCGGAUUUCCGUGGCGCAUGUUGAAGUGCUAACAAAGAGUUUGUCGGAAUGGGGGGUGGGGGGGGCGUUCUACUCGAUAUGCGCCGGCAGAGUACCCUCGGUGACGUGAGUUUCGGGGAAAACCUUUGGCCGCGCAAAGCGUCAAGCACCCAGACGAAGAUUGACAUUAACUACAUAAGCUGAUUCGUAUGCAGAUUGCCGUAUAGUUUGGGGUGAAGAGUUUUUCCACCUUUCGUACAAAUAGUGGAGCACAUGGCAAGGAACCCGCCACCUUUGUCGCCCUGUUGUCCUGGCGGGUGUGAAAACGUUGUGCAGAUUGAGACGGUGGCUGGAGCGCAAUCGGACAGGGGAGCACAUGUCGCUUCUAGAGUGUACUUAUCCUGAGGAGUUCCUGUCAGCCGACGAGGUCGGUAUGGGGGACGGUGCUUACCUAGGGAACGCGCGAGCAGACAGCGACUUGCCCAUGUGCGUACCCUACAGGAAGCCGCAACAGGGGGAUCUUUCUAAUGAAGAGAGGCGGUUCUGAACACAGAGCAGCGCCGUUUCAGGGUCGUGGUAGAGAACACCAUAGGCCAGAUUAAGAAGUGGAAGGCAGUGGGCAAUGGCAAGGCUUUUAGGCACCGACGGGACUUCGAGAAAGACGUCUUCAACGUGUGCGCUAGGCUCACAGCUCGGAUCAUGAGGGUUCGCGACAGGUAUCCGCGCAGCCCGGAGUGGACUGGACGCGUGAAGGAGGCCUGGGAGGUAAAGCUCGGAAUCCACCUUUACUGGGACUACGAGGACCCGAAAAGCUAUCUUGUCCACAACGGGAGAGAACUAUGUAUGUGGCGUCGCGAAUGAAGGAACCGCGCAACAUUUGCAGCAGUGUUGGGAUAGCAUUUGGGCGCUUGAAAUCUAAUAGGCGGACAUUGCGCCGGUCGUGGUUGUUUUUGACAAAAAAUGUUGUAGGAAAUCUACCUGACGGGCGAAUGGAGUCGCACGCCGGCUGGCGUGACCCCGCAGUGUUUUAUUGUGUGUGCUAUUCUACGUGCCGAUAUUUUCGAGCGCGGGGGGACAGUUACGAGAGGCUGGCGUGCAGCGAGACGUGCCUACAAAGGUCGGGUUAAAUUCGUUGUGUUGUCUGUUGACUUGAUGUCCGUUGUGGUUGGGGCUGGUGUUAUCGCACCAGUACUUCGCAGUGGCAACGUGUAGGGUGUGGGAGGUCCCGUCUCCUAGGGACGCGCUAUCGAUUGACAGAGAAAGGAUCAGAGGUACGUUCGCCAGCCGGUCCCAUUUUUGUUUGUUCCAAGCAGAGCGACUUGUUUUCGUGCCGUUGCGUCGGAAACAAUCAUCUCAAGAGGGCCUUCCUCAAACCUUCACCUUUCUGAA